UAAGAAUCCUAACUUGAAGAAUAAAUAAUUUUCUCUCUCUUAAGUUUCUUAGAUAAGCUCUCCAAAAAGAUCUCCCUCAGCAUAUAAAGGCAUUAAGUCCCUUUUAUAGGGUUUACAUUAGUGGGUGACAGCUAGUAAAGCCCUUAUUUUCGGGUUUGGUGUGCAUUCCUCUUGCUCGUUCCUUGUUAGGUUGUCGUGCCAUUCUUCUAUUACCUCAUAGAUCUUCAUGCUUUUCAUGUCACUAAGUGACGUCAUCCAGUGCGUCAUUCAUAUUAUAAAUGGUGCGUGAUACUCGCCUGUUGCCAAACGCAUAUCUUUGCGCCCUUAUUGAUAUGCGGUAUUUUACCCCUAUAUUUUCCCACUUCUAGCAUUGUUCUUUUAAAAAGAAUGAGUAUUUUAUAAACUGCACCCGCCUACUUUUCUGUACUUUGUUAACUGUUUUUUUCCGGGUUCUCGGCAUGAGAACUGACACGUCUCCAUCUCAUCGUUUGUCUUGCUGACACAUAUUCUGAAAUAUUCACACAUUUAUGAUAAGUAUCACUUUUAAUUAAUGAAGGGGUGAGAGAAACUGCCUCGGGGAGAGGGUCCAGCCAUCCUAUGUAUACUCGUUCUCUUCUUCUUCUUUUUUUCAUUUUCUCUCUGCAUUUCUUUUUCUGUUGUUGUUCUUCUGUUUUCAUCAGGAUCUUGAUCAAGAUCUUGAUCAAGACUUUGAUCAUCAUAUAUUCUUCUUCUCUAUUUUCAUAUAUGUUUUUUCUCCUUCUCGUCGGUGCUCCCCGUCAUCUUCCUUUCGUUUUGUUUUUGUUUUGAUACACCAAUCGUUCUUUUAUUAUCCUCUUGUAUUCUCCUUCUCCUCUUUCAGAAAUAAUGGGUCUCCCCGUCGGUUGGAAGAAUGUUAGGGAAUUUAAGAGGUUGCAGGCUGAAUUUGAACCUCGCCGUAUUAUAUUAUCAACACCGCAUAGAUGUGCUCCUGAUUCUAAGAAUGGUCCUGAGUGGUUUUCGCGCGAAGAAAUGGGUCCACGAACAGUGAUUAUUUCGCUUGGUCGGGUCUCCCUAUUCCUCUUAUUAGUUCUCAAAUUCCUCUCUUUUAUGAGAUUCUCGCACAUCCCGAAUUCCAACGCGGUGUCUUUCAGUUGAGUGGUGACUAAUCAGAAUCAUGGUAGAGUAUACUCGCCGCGCAGCAGGACUUCCAUCUUUAUCCACGUCGAGUUGUACUUCCCAUUAACCCUGCGGGUUAUAUAUUAGAUAACUUCUUCGCCCACUAUGAUACUCACAUGGUAAAGAAUGAUAAAUUUCGCUGGGUUAUUCGUCUACAACGGAAGGACGGCAUUGAGGAUAGGAAUAUGAUCAUGCGAGAUGUUGAUUUCCACUAUUCUACAAACAACACCGCAGACACACAAAGGACGAUAAAUGGAUGAACUAUCCAAUUAUUCUGGAGGGUUCUUAUAUCACUGGGAGGAAUGAGGAUGCGUCCGCUAUUUCUCUUCCUGUAACAUUCUCUGACUAUCACCCUUGGGAUCUCAAAUGGCCUGAGGAAAAGGACGUGGUCGCGAAGUUAACCAAGAAGGCCAAGAAAAAGGACUUAGUUGAUGCGUCAGCUUCGCACGAGGGAGAAGUAAGGAACAUCUUUUUUCAGACUAACGAUAUUAAUGCCUUUAUUUCUUAUCUUUUCUCGUGUCCGUAGAUGAACGCAGAGGACCCUGAUGACGCCUCCUCCUCUGAAGAAGAUAUCCCCUUACAGACUCGGGGGAAGGGUAAAGAAAUUGCUCCAAAAACUGGUGGUGGAGAGAAAAGAAAACGAUCUCCCCGCAAGCCCAUAAACACUAUAAGUCGUGAUGACGCCUCCUUUCCUUCAUCCUCAUCAUCUAUGGAUUUUUUGUCCAACCUCUUUUCCGAACCGAUGUCUACUAUCGGGGAUGACGCACAGCAACAGAUAUGUCGUGCGGUUGUCAGCAUCUGCAAUUCCCCUUCUCUGAUUCACGACUCACUUAGGGGGGUUGCCCCUUUUAUCUCUUCAGAUUUUCAAUAUGCUUACGAGAUGUUGGUAAGUUUUUCUUCGACACAUAGGUUAUGAUUUGGGUUAUAUUUCAUUUGCGUACUCUUCCUUUUAUUUAAUUAUCAAUUCAUGGUGUUCGCAUUGCUCAUGCUGCUAUUUCUGGUAAUAAGAGGAGGAUUUAAUCCCUUGAGAGGAACAAUGACUUGAUGGAGAUUUACAGCUUAAUUGAUGAAGCCCUUAACUUUCUUGUUGAAGAUAACGCCCUUUUAGAGCAUCUUAAUGCUUCCUUUAAUAACCUUCCAGGUGAUAGAUUAAGGAAUUUCAGCCUGGAAGAACUCAGGUCAAAAUAUGAAUUUCUCAUGUGUGAUCAUAGGUCCACAUUAACCUUAAAUAGGCCUCUCAUAGAUCGCCUUCAAAGGGAGAAGGAGAAAGUUAGGGAUCUAGAUGCGAAGAAGAACACACUUAUUACCGAGAGGUAUAAGGCGAUUCUUAAAGGUGUUGAAGGUUUAAAGGAGCUUCAUAAUGUCAUUCUUCAAGUGCAAACAGAUAGGGAUAAAACCAUGAGCGAAAGAGAUGAACUUGCCGCCUUUGAAGAGGAUAUUCGCACCUGCUUGCUCAUUGGAAAUGAUACUGAGUUCGAGUGGGCUGCUAGGGUUAUUGAUAGAACUAGGGUAGGUUUAGCCAUAAAUGCUAGUUUAGAGUUAGAUCACGCCGAAGUGGUUAAAGCAGUUAUUCUUGAGAAAGAAGAGAGCGAUAAGAAGCAUUUUGAGGAGAUCGAAUCCUUGAAGUCUCAACUGUCAGCUAGGAAUACCAAAUAUCUCAUGUUGAAGAAGAAACUUAGGGUUUUGCUGAGUAACCUGCAAAAUGAAGCAGUUCGCGCGGGAGAUGAUGAUGUUAAAAGUACCAUGGAGAUGAUCUGCGACAUACAUGGUAUUGAGCCUUUACAUAUUGAGCCUUCCUUCGUUCCUCCCGAUGAAGAGUGUACCGAUGUGUCUGACACUGAUGCUGAGGAUGGUGAAGGGACCGAGUCUGAAGAGGAGGAUGAGGAUGAGGUUGAUAUUGUAAGAGACACUUUUGAAGAUAAUCUAGGCAAGAAGUGAGCAUACCACGCAGGGGAAACUUAAUACACUGAUGGAAUGUUGAAGCUACCGCGAGGAUAUUGUGCAACUAUGGCAUGCCUAUGAGGGCAUUAUAAGAUGACUCCGCGUCAACUACACAAAACAAUAUCUCCGUCAUUAUGUUUUUUAAUAGGAUUUUUAUUGUUAUUUCUCCUUUAGGUUUAUUUGUUGUUCCAUUGGAGCCAUAAAUUUUAUAUGUCGACGGGAUCAAGUCUGCGUCCUUUCCUCCUAUGGUCUGUAGGCAUGACAAAACAAUAUAUCAACUGAGCUCCCUGAGUCUAUUAAGACUGUUUAUAGCCAA